CGCUUUUCCGUAGUUCCAUCAGCCAUUCGGGGUCUUGGGCCAUGGACCUCGGGAGCGUUGCGCACGGAAUGCGGUCGGCGCGGUGCCGCAUCACGGGCGCGAGCAUCUGCCGGCGCAAGACCCGCGGCUUCCACUUCUCCGCCCACACGAUCGUCUACCACGUCAAGGUCAUUGCAACGAACGGCGACAAGUACGUCCUCGACUGGACCCACGACGACUUUGCGCAGCUGUACAAGCGACUCCAGGCGCUGGACGCGAGCCUGCGCGCGGCGAUCGCGGCGUUCCCGUGCCCGAAGCGCACGCUCCUCUUUGGCCGCCAUGACGCGCUGCGCAUCAAGGGCAUGUGCGGGCAGCUCGAGUGCCACCUCGUCGCAGUCCUCAAGAUUGGCACGCAAUAUGCAGCGACGUCAUGCGCGCUCCAAGCCGCCCUCGACGACUGCUUGCUCUGCGUGAUUGCGUCGACAAUGCAGCCCGCCAAAGACACCCACGUAUUUAACUCGUCGCCGCAACCAGCUUGAAGCUAAACGGAC